AUGACGUCAAUUCACGUCGGUAUUCUGGUCUAUGACUACCAGGCCAUUGAUGUUGUCGGCCCAAUUGAUCUCCUUCAGUCCGCCAAUUCUGGGUUCUUAGAAGUGUCCAAAAUUUUUGGCCCCAUCAAUGAUGAUGCUAUCUCUCGGGCUCCAGACUUUGUUUUUCACCAUGUUGGCAUCACGAAAGAGCCUUUCCACCUAUUCACUAGCGCCCUUACCCUCAUUCCGACUACAUCAGUGGAUGAGUGUCCCGAUCUCGAUAUCAUAUUGCUAGGGGGUCCCAAUCCGGAAGGCUUCAAGCUGCACCCAAAAUACAUUGAUUUCAUCCGUCGACACGCUAGUGCUGGAAAGUUGCUUUUUACGGUUUGCACUGGCUCAGCCGUACUUGCGUCUACGGGACUUCUAGAUGGAAAGAACGCAACCAUCAACCACGCCGGGUAUAAAUGGGCGAAGGAGAAUUAUCCUGCCGUCAACUGGACUAAGGAAAAAAAUGGGUCACCGACGAAAAUAUCUGGACUGGAGCUGGUGCUGUUGCGGGAAUGGAUAUGGUUGCAUAUUGGCUCAAGGAGAAAUUCGGACUGGAGAUUCUUACAUAUGCUGCCCGCAAUCUGGAUUACGAGCCUCGAGGCGUUGAUGGUGUCUCAGUUGUGA